AUGUACGCAGCCUCGAAGGCGCCGGUUUCGAAGGAUGUUCUUCUUUGUACGAAUAUUGUUAUGCUCCUUCUGACAUCUGGAUUAGCUCUUACGCGCGCUGUGCCACAAAUCGUCAAACGCGAACCUUUUGAGUUGCCCGAUCUCUUCGUCUACUUUGCUUUCUGCUUAUUUGUCGCACUAUGGGCUUGUUAUCAUGUCGUUGCGUCAUCGAUAUAUAGAGCGUAUGCAGUUCUGGAGGGAAAGACUGAACCGUACGCCACGAUGAAGAACGAUGCUAUAGCGAUGUUGAAGUUCCUUGUUACCGGCCAAAUGUGUUUCUACACACUUCUCAUUUCGGUCAAAAUGUCGUUGCUGACGCUGUACCGAAAGCUGCUCGCCGGACUGCCGAGGAUCUACAGAAAGAUAUGGUGGAGCAUAGUCACCUUUUGCGUGCUGGCGUGGGUUGGUAGUAUCGUUGGCACUCUCACUACUUGUGACGAUCUCGACGCGGAGUCCAGAGAAGGCCAAUGCGGAGGAACUGCCAAUGAAGACCAGAGGGUUAUUUUCAGCCUCUACUUCGCGUACUCCGUUGAUGUGACAACUGAUCUAGCUGUCAUGUUUCUGCCACUGCGUCUCACAUGGAAUCUUCAGAUGCCUCGCAAGCAGAAGAUAGCCAUAAUGAUUGCCUGUUCACCCGCCUUCGCAUCCUUCAUUCGGAAGCACAUGGAUACGAAAAAGGCAUCGUACAAUGCUCAAGGCUUUUUGGAACAAGGAACCGAUGAGAUCGAAAUGAAGAGCAUCGUCAGUCCCUCAGGCCGACGCAACCGCGACGUCGCAGAUAUCUACUGGGAAGAUACACAUAGUAGCCAGGAGGAACCCGCGAAUAAUGCCGGGCGUAUCAUGGUAAAGACGACAGUGCACCAGAAUAACGAGAUUUCCACCCACAGUUCCAAACAUGGGGUAACCAGCUAG